CAAUUUUUAAAACAAGAAUUUCUUACAAAAUCUUACAAAGUUUCAGAUUCAAGUUUCAAGAAUUAAAAAUUAAUUUCGAGCUUGUCCUUAGUAUACAUAUAUCUUUCUUCAAUGCAAUAUUUUCAUUUAUUAAACCGAGUCUCAAAUGUAGUUUUCCAUUUUACAGGUAAUUACUCUGAUUAUUGAAUUGUCCUAGCUGAAGGCAGAUGACUUUUCUUAAAGUUAUAAUAUAUUUCGCUUUUUCACAAAAAACAUAUAAAGAUGCCAUACUUUCUCAAUUUCCCACGAUUGAUUUCUCUGGUUUUAGUGAUAUAAUAAAGCAUUUAAGGAAAAAUUAGCGAAAUAGGUAAAAUUUGGGAAAGUCAAUAAAAUUAUUGACUUGAUUUUUUUUGACUUUAUCUAUAUGUAGGAAUCGAGGAAAAUUGAGGAAAAAAACAUCUGACAUUUAACACAUAAGAUCGAACUGGUUACUUUUGGCUAGAAAGCUGCAAUUUUAUCACCACUGAUAUCACAUAAUAGUUACAUGCGCAGUGAUCAUAAGUGCGAAGUGCUUUACCAAUAUAUGCUUUACUAUCUGUGUAUGCGUAUGUCUUUUCAUUGGUGUAUAGUAAGAUCCAAGUAUUAUUGAACUAUUAAGAAUUAAUUUACAAUAGUAAAAAUGUUACGAUAUCUGUUACAACCAGUUGUCCGAAAUACACGAAAUGGUGUUCGAUCCUAUCAUGUACCUAAUGAACUUCGACCACCAACUAUGGACGAAGUGCUUGUGCCACAGGGCUCAUGGCAAGAAGCACAUACUAAAGCUGAAAGAAAGUAUAAUUUACAGUUAGCAGCUGGUAUCGUUAUACUUGGUGCUACUAUAGCAUAUGGUAAAAUAACUGGAGUCCUUUGGCUUAAUUUUCGCCCACCAAAACCAGAAGAUAAGCCUCAAAAUUCUAAAUAAGAUAAAUUUAAAUUGUAGCAGAUAAUAAAUAUAAUUGUACAAUUACUUUAUAGUGAAAAGUAAUAAAAUAUUUAUAACAUGUAUAAUUUUCAUAUUACUUUUAUCAAUUUAUAUUUAUAUACAAAAAGAGAAAGAAAAUGUUUAUAACUUAAUAUUUAUCUUAAAAGAUGUAUUGUUCUAUUCCGUUAAUUGUUCUAUUGUUAUCCCGUAUAUGUUAAUUACGUUCUUUCAGUCAAAAAUUAAAAAAUAAGUUUAAAC